AUGCAUAUGGAGAAAAGCAAGUCCAAUAUACCACCGGAAGGUGGUCUUCGAGGCUGGUUAGUCGUUGGAGGCUCGUUUCUUGCCCUAUUUUGUACAUUUGGCUUCUUGAAUGCAAUUGGUGUUUUCCAAACGUACUAUGAGCAAAACAGCCUCUCCGCCUACACAGCAUCGGACAUAUCGUGGAUCUUCGCGGUCCAAAUAGCCCUAAUGUGGAUACCUGGUCUUCUAUUUGGACGCUUGAUUGAUACCUACGGAGCAGCCCCAGUAUUAUACCCGUGUAGCGCACUAUGUGUCUUUGCACUCGGUAUGACUAGCCUGGCGACCGAAUACUAUCAAAUCUUUCUUGCACAAGGACUUGCGUUCGGAAUUGGCGCCGGUGGUGUGUUUACAGCAGCAUUACUCUGUGUGGGCCAAUGGUUCAUCCGGCAGCGAGGGUUGGCAACUGGGAUUACGGCUGCUGGAAGCAGCUUGGGAGGUGUCAUAUUUCCGAUUUUCAUCGAUCGUAUUGUUGCUGAAGUGGGCUUCUAUGGGGCAGUGCGACACACAGCCUUGUUUGUUGGUAUCAUCCUAGCCAUCUCAUGUUGCUUGAUGCGGACACGUCUGCCACGCACCAAAUGGAAUGGUAAGGCCAAGUGGUGCAUUUCUUGGGAUGUGGGGAUUUGGGCACCAUUCAACUCUAUAUCGAGUAUGGCUAUCAAUGCGGGCUUUUCUCCAACACUCGCCCUGUAUUUGAUAUCGCUUAUCAAUGCCACUUCCGUUCCGGGUCGUAUACUCCCCCCUCACUUGGCAGAUCGCAUCGGCCAUUUCAAUGUGCUCACUAUGGCCUCCUUCGGCACAGGGGCUUCAAUUCUCGCUCUCUGGCUCCCAUUCAAUUACCAUCUGUCGCACGUUGGCAUCAUCGUCUUUGCUUUGGUUUACGGAUUUGUCAGCGGUUCAUUCGUCUCGUUACUGAUGCCCUGUGUCGCGAAGGCUGGAAGCCUCGAGACAUUAGGUGUGCGAUUUGGUAGCUUCCAACUGAUAAUUGGCCUGUCUCACAGGGUUGCCUAUCAUGGGCGCCAUAUUGAACCGUCAAGGGAACACCGACUUCUCCGGGCUGCAGCUUUUUGUCUCAACAAGGGUAAUGCUCGUUCUGAACCUCGCUCCGCGAUCUCACAGAUCUCCCCUACCUCCAAAUCCGUGUCGUCUUCAUCCCCGAAACGCUUGACCCGCCCGAGACGAGCUCAAAGCUCUCCGCAACCCCAUCGACUUCCCUCUCAAGAAUCAGUAUAUUCUCCUGAUCUCAACACGUCCCCAGCAUUUGAUUUAAUGCCCUUGGAGCAAGCUCAGAGGUCGCCAGUUCGAUCCUCACCGAGCGAAAACAUGAACCCAUGGGCGGAUGAACUGGUGGAGCGACCCGGCCAGAACCAGCAGGGAUAUAACGGUUCGGGUCAAUCGGUCGCUGAUAAUGCUCCACCAGCCGAGAGUGCGGAAAGUAGAAGGGGAGAUCGUGUGCCGCCUAUUCUUGUUGCUGGUACCCAGCGGAGGAUGGCCGCAAACGAAUGGCCGCAGAAUGGAGAAGUCAACGAGGCUCCCGACUGGGAACACGUAGGAAACUCCCAAGUUCCGCUGCAGUCCAACAAUCCAUUCUUGAAGCCACGUCAGCCUGAACAGAAUCCAUGGGAUGAUAGAAGCCCUCGCCCGUUCUCAGAAGCAACAUCUGCAUCACAUGAUAGUGCAAAUGCACGUUUGGGACAAGAUGAAGGGUAUAUUCCGAUGACAGCGCGCUUAUCGCUUUUUGACCCGCCAUCAGAGUCUCCCUGGGCUGGAGAACGCUCUGCGGUGCCCCCGCCGACCCUGUACGAAAACCAGUACUCUGCACAAGAUCCGUCAUACCCUUCUCAAUCAGCGGCUGGGGUUGCGGACGCUCAGUCUCCUUUCCAACAGCCUCAGAGUACUCCUUACAACAAUUUAAAUACAUAUUCUCCACAACCGCAUCAGCAAGGGAAUCAGGCAGAGCUUUCACCAAGGAAUGAGAUAGGCACCCCUGCUACUCUUUCUACUGCAAACACUGGGUCUUCACAUGUUCUCAUUGAUCUCAAUGAGGCAUCGGAUGCACAUACACAAACGAACCAGCGUACGGCAGCAUCCUCCGUGUAUUCUGACAUAAACGGGGGCCAGCCACAUCCAUUACCCACACAGAACAGCCAGCUAGGCGCUGCACCACCUCUUCCUGACCGCUCAAAUAUUUCACAACCUAGUCAAUCGAGCAUUAGUACUCCAGGCUCCGAAGCCGAAGCAAAGAAGCAGCAUGAACAGAGAUCUGAAACUUAUUCGAUCAGGCAUGUUAAUUGGACUGACGCCUCAGGAAAGCUUCGCGACUGUCCGAUUCUCGCUCAAAAUAAAAAUGGACCAUGCCCAUUGCUAGCGCUGGUUAAUGCUCUCGUGCUGCGGUCAAGCCCCGAUUCCCAGCCUCCUAUAGUCAGGGCUCUACAAACACGAGAGCAGAUAUCUCUUGGUCUGUUGAUCGAAGCUUUGUUCGACGAGUUAACGACAUGCCUGGGGCCGGAUGACGAGCUUCCAGACAUUGAAGCCCUGAGUAGAUUUUUGACUAUGCUCCACACGGGCAUGAAUGUCAACCCACAACUUACACUGGAAUCUAGCGAUUCGGUAGGCACGUUCUUAGAAACUAGUGAUAUUAAGUUUUAUGGCACUUUCGGCGUCCCGCUGCUACACGGCUGGAUCGCUGAACCGUCUACGGAGCCCGAUGAAGCGUUAGCUCGUGUGGCUCGGUUUUAUGAAGACAUUCAACUUCUCCCCUUCCGCAAACAAGAACUUGAGGAUCGUGUAUUUCGAGGCGGGUCACUCACUCCAGAGGAAGAGCAGAGCAUGAAAGAUAUUCAAAUCAUUCAGCAUUUUACGGAGAUCGAGAAUGCCACCCAGCUCAGCACAUUCGGGAUACAACACUUGACCGAAAAACUGGCGCCUGGGUCACUAUCGAUUCUAUUUCGUAAUGACCACUUCUCUACCCUCUAUAAACACCCACAAAAUCAUCAGCUUUUCACACUAGUUACGGACGCUGGGUACUCUCAUCGGGCGGAAAUCGUAUGGGAGUCUCUCGUUGAUGUCAAUGGAUCCCAAUCCGGCUUCUUUGCGGGUGACUUUCGCCCUGUCAGCCAUACCUCGACCGGAGCCUCCGACCCAUCCGGUCCCAGAACCUCCAGCAAUGCUAGGCAUUCUGAAGUCUCCUCGGCAGUGUCACAAGAGCAGCAGGACAGAGCAUUGUCUCCACAGGAACAGGCUGAUGCAGAUUAUGCCUACGCUUUGUCCCUUCAAUUACAAGAGGAAGAGCAGCAAGCCAGUGGCAGGACUCCCCGUGACCGUAAUCAGCGGGCUUCCGUUCCAUCCUACCCUCAAGGGGCCUCUGAGGGACCAGCCCCCGCUCGCCACCGCUCUACAGGGCAUCGCCCUUCACAACAACCUGGACGGCAUUCGCCGUCUCGGAACACCGAUGAUGUUCCGCCGCCUUCUUAUGAGCAGGUAGCCAAUAAUACGGCCUAUCAGUCACCUCCGCGAAACUCCAAUAACAGAGCUGCGCCUUAUGUAGCUCCAUAUCAGAGAGCACAGUUCGGCAGACGACCGCCCGGUGUGCCUAUAGCAAUUGGUACAUCGGAUCGCCCUAAAGACCGAAAUAAGGAUUGUAUAAUCAUGUGA